AUCUAAUCACGUGUGUGUGAGGUGUGCGUUUUUUUCUGCAUUGGAUUCCCAUUUCCCGUGCAGACUGUGUUUCUUUUCCUUCUACACGUUAUAGGCCUGCAACAGCAGAAUACUACUGUACCUAUGCAUGUUAUAUGCACUAUAAGUGACUGUCAGCAUCAAGUGCGCGACGUUAGCUGAAUCAGUCGGCGCCAAUGUAAGAUGCGAUCGGAUCGCCAUAAUGGAGUGGAAGACGAUUGCGCUGACAAUUUUUCUAAUAAGUUUGUGUUUUGUGGCGAUUCCUAUAAAAGUAGAACCGGACACGAGCCUCGAAGAUGCGAAAUUAUUCGAGGCGUAUGUGCAAGAUUACAAGAAGCCGUAUAAAAAUGAUCCCGACGAGUACGAGAGGAGAUUCGGGAGAUUUCAACAAUCUCUUCGCAAAAUUGAAAGUCUAAACAGGCUGAGAAGUUCAGCAGAUAGUGCUCGCUAUGGCUUGACAGAUUACUCAGAUAUGACAGAGCAGGAGUUUCUUGCACUGAAUCUUCGCCCAGACCUUUCCAAUCGUAGUGAAAAACAUCAUCAGUGCCAUUAUCAUCACAACCAUUCAGAUAAUAAGCGAUAUGAAAGAGCAGUAACAGUAUUGCCUGACAAAUUUGACUGGAGGACAAAGGGAGCUGUGACAGCAGUGAAGAGUCAAGGAUCCUGUGGAGCCUGUUGGGCCUUUAGUGCUGUUGAAACAGCAGAGUCAAUGUUUGCCAUAUCCAAUAAAACUUUACGGGCAUUUAGUGUGCAAGAGAUGAUUGAUUGUGCGGGAAAUAGUAAUUUUGGUUGUGAAGGUGGAGAUAUUUGUAGUUUAUUAGAUUGGCUACUAGUUUCAAAAACCGAAAUCUUGCCAGAGAUAAACUAUCCUCUGACCAGAACCACUGAUGCUUGCAAAUUACAAAAGACAGCUACCAAGAUACAAGAGGGCAUUCGUAUAUCAGACUUCACUUGUGAUAAUUAUGUCGGUGCCGAAGAUAAGCUGUUAAAAGUACUUGCAACAAAAGGACCAGUAGCAGCAGCAGUGAACGCACUUUCGUGGCAGAAUUAUCUCGGUGGCGUAAUUCAAUUCCAUUGCGACGGAUCGUUCAAGAGUUUAAAUCAUGCUGUGCAAAUCGUAGGAUACGACAAAACGGCCACUACUCCUUAUUACAUUGUUAGAAAUUCCUGGGGUCCAUCGUUUGGAGACAAAGGCUACUUAUAUAUAGCGAUUGGCAGUAAUCUGUGUGGUAUAGCAAAUCAAGUAUCUUCGGUCGACGUAGUUUAUUGAUGGGACCGAAAAACCGGACUUGGUAACAAUGCAAAUUUAUGAUUGAACAAAGAAAUUCUAAAUUGUGAUUGCAUAAUUUAUACUUAAACUUAUUGUUUUUAAAGUUUUACGAGUUAGUCUAUACAGCAAUAUGAUUGUUUUGAUUGAGGAAAGAACUACUGAACAAAAAUUUAUUUGACUUGAGUUUUUAUAUUUAUAGUUUAUAAAAUUUUGUUAGCUUAUAGUUCUGAAGUCAAGUAAUUUUCGUAAAAAACAAACGAACGAACAAAUCAAAAGUACUCUUACUGGAGUAUAAACGGGAUAGUAUUUUCACGUUUUUAUAAAGGGAAACAAAGUUUCGCAUUAACUUGUUACACACUGCGUUAUUAUAAAGCAAUAACUUUUCCAUGUUAUGUAUAUAUUUUUACAAACGUAGGCAGAAAAGUGGUCUACAAUAAAUCAUAAAAAAUAUUAA